AUGUCUAUCCCUGAGACUCAAUGGGCACAGGUUGCCGAGAAGAUCGGAGGGCCACUUGUGCUCAAACAGAUCCCCGUUCCCAAGCCCGGUCCUGAUCAGAUCCUCGUCAAGAUUCGCUACUCAGGCGUUUGCCAUACUGAUUAUCACGCGAUGAUGGGCCACUGGCCCAUCCCAGUCAAGAUGCCUCUAGUCGGUGGACAUGAAGGAGCUGGAGUGGUCGUGGCGAAGGGCGAUCUUGUUAAUACCUUCGAGAUCGGCGACCAUGCUGGAAUCAAGUGGCUCAAUGGCUCUUGCGGUGAAUGCGAAUUCUGCAGACAGUCCGAUACCCCUCUGUGCGCCAAUGCACAACUUUCUGGGUAUACCGUCGAUGGUACUUUUCAGCAAUAUGCCGUCGGAAAGGCCACCCAUGCCUCUAAGAUCCCCAAGGGCGUGCCUCUCGAUGCAGCGGCGCCAGUGCUCUGCGCUGGUAUUACUGUUUACAAAGGAUUGAAGGAAUCUGGCAUUCGUCCAGGCCAGACAGUUGCUAUUGUUGGAGCAGGAGGUGGCCUGGGAUCCCUUGCUCAGCAGUACGCCAAGGCCAUGGGUCUUAGAGUGAUCGCUAUUGAUGGAGGCGAUGAGAAGAGAGAGAUGUGUGAACAGCUUGGCACUGAGACAUAUGUCGACUUCACUAAGUCCAAAGACCUUGUCGCUGACGUUAAAGCCGCAACCCCAGGUGGCCUUGGUGCUCAUGCUGUUAUCUUGUUGGCUGUGUCAGAGAAGCCUUUCCAACAAGCAUCGGAAUACGUUCGCUCUCGAGGCACAAUCGUUGCAAUCGGAUUGCCCCCUGAUGCAUACCUCAAGGCCCCAGUGAUCAACACUGUCGUUCGUAUGAUCACUAUCAAGGGAAGCUACGUCGGAAACCAACAGGAUGGUGUUGAAGCUCUCGACUUCUUUGCCCGAGGCUUGAUUAAAGCGCCAUUCAAGCUGGCGCCGCUGGAGGAUCUUCCCAAGAUCUACGAGCUUAUGGAACAAGGCAAAAUUGCCGGCCGUUACGUGCUCGAGCUGCCAGAGUAA